UACAAAUUCCCAUGGCGAAGCUUAAAAUUGUUAACAUUGUUUUCUUUGUGUUAUUGGGUAUAGGAAUAUGUUCAGCUGCUAGAACCCUCCUCACUUACGAUCAUGUAGGUGUUGGCGGUGAGGUAGGUGCUUAUGGUGCAGGCCAUGGCAUUGCUGGUGGUGGUGGAGGAGGUUCCGGCGGAGGUAGUGGAUAUGCAGCUGCAGGUGACCAUGGUUAUGCCGGUGGAGGUGGUAGUGGAAGCGGAGCUGGUGGUGGAUAUGCAGCUGGAGGAGAGCAUGGUGGCGGAUAUGCUGGAGGAGGUGGAGGUGGAAGUGGAGCUGGAGGUGGCUAUGCUGGUGGAGGACACGAUGCUGGAUAUGCUGGAGGUGGUGGUAGUGGAAGUGGAGCUGGAGGUGGCCAUGCUGGUGGAGGACAUGAUGGUGGAUAUGCUGGAGGAGGUGGUGGUGGAAGUGGAGGUGGAGGUGGCCAUGCUGGCGGAGGACACGAUGCUGGAUAUGCUGCUGGAAGUGGUGAAGGUGGUGGUAGCGGAUAUGGUGCUGGAGGGGCAUCAGAUGGUGGAUAUGGUUCCGGAGGUGGUGGAGGCAGUGGUGGCGGCGGUGGAGUUGCAGGAGGUGGAGCACAUGGUGGUGCAUAUGCUGGAGGUUCAGGAGGAGGUACUGGCGGUGGAUAUGGUUCUGGUGGGGCACCAGGGGGUGGAUAUGGUGGUGGAGGAGGGCAUGGAGGAGGUGGUGGCAGUGCCUAUGCCGGAGGAGGAGGAGGAGCCUCAGGUGGUGGAUAUGGUAGCGGAGGAGGAGCUGGUGGCGGUGCAGGAGGUGCACAUGGAGGAGCAUAUGGUGGCGGCGGUGGUAGUGGAGCAGGUGGUGGCGGCGCCUAUGCCGGUGGAGGUGAGCAUGCUGGUGGAUAUGGAGGAGGUGCAGGAGGUGGUGAAGGCGGUGGCUACGCCCCUUGAGUGAUCAUUCUAAUAAUCACCAUUUGCAAUCUAAACUUUCCAUCUUCUUACCUACACUAUUAAAAAAUAAGGUAAUGAAAUUGUUGUAGGAAGAUGGUAUAUAUAUAUAUUCGAAGACAAAAGAAUUGCAGUAAAGACAUGCACUCUCUCAAGUGUAAUAUCGUUUCCUCUAAAAGCAACAUUAAGAUAUGGUUGCUUGCAUUUUACGUAUUGAAAUGGUUGACAAAUAUUUUCAAUCUAUAUAUAUAAGUUGCAUGCAUGCAAUAA